UCGACCUGCUACAAGCUGGGCUCCCUCCGCUUUGGGAGUGCUUCCCAUUUAAACAAACAACGGUCUUGCCGAAGAUGGCGGAGAGUUUCUAGAGGCGUAAAACAAACUGGUGUACUCAAUGAAAGCGUCGAAGCCGGACAUGUUUGAGACACUGAAGUGACACUAGACCCUGAAUGGAGUUUGACUGGGGUUUGUACUGGCUAAGGUGCUGAUGUGUGCUGAAUAUGAGUGGCAUCGGAGACAACUCGUUGGAGCCGCUGUGCUCCGACCGCAAACGUAAACUGUCCACCUGUGACACUCCAGGCUUAGGGUGUGACAAGCGUCGGAGGGAACAGGAGAGCAAGUACAUCGAGGAACUGGCUGAGCUCAUCUCUGCCAACCUCUCCAACAUUGACAGCUUCAACGUCAAGCCCGACAAAUGUGCCAUCCUCAAGGAGACCGUGAGGCAGAUCAGACAAAUCAAGGAGCAAGGAAAGAGCUCUUGCAGUGAUGACGAUGUUCAGAAGGCGGACGUUUCCUCCACUGGUCAAGGGGUCAUUGACAAAGACCAUCUGGGGCCACUGCUCCUACAGGCCUUGGAUGGCUUUCUGUUUGUAGUGAACCGGGAAGGCAGCAUUGUAUUUGUGUCAGACAAUGUGACACAGUACCUGCAGUACAAGCAGGAGGAGCUGAUCAACACCAGUGUGUACAACAUCAUCCAUGAUGAGGACCGAGAGGAGUUUCACAAGAAUCUACCCAAGUCUAAUGCACCAAAUGGAGCACCAUGGGGUGGAGAGGCACCUCGUCAGAAGAGCCACACAUUCAACUGUCGCAUGCUGGUGAACUAUGUUCAUGGUCAGGCUCAUGGACUGUCAGAAAAUAGACCGGGGGGCCCACGGUAUGAGACCAUGCAAUGUUUUGCUCUCACUCAGCCCCGGGCCAUGAUGGAGGAGGGAGAUGAUUUGCAGUCAUGUAUGAUAUGUGUGGCACGACGCAUCACUGCAGUAGAGAGGACAGAGAGGUUUAGCACUCGUCACGAGCUGUCUGGUAAAUUGAUUGAAAUUGAACAGCAGAACUCUCUUCACACAACCAUGCGUCCAGGCUGGGAAGACCUGGUUAGACGCUGCUUGCAGAUGUUUCUCCAUCGAAGUGAUGGACAGCCGUGGUCCUUCAAACGCCACUACCAAGAUGCUUUACAUAAUGGCCAUGCGGAGACGCCGCUUUACCGCUUCUCACUCUCUGAUGGAACCCCAGUCACAGCUCAGACAAGGAGUGACCUCUGUAGGAAUCCCAACACAAAUGAAGCGCACUCCUUCCUGUCCACACACCUUCUGCAAAGAGAGCACAGUGGUUAUCGUGGGAACCAGGGUGGUGGCAUGAGGCCUCAAAACAUGGGUAUGAACAACUCCAACCAACAGAUGAGCGUGGGCCCAGGAGGUGGGAUGGCCAUGAACAGGGGCUAUGGUAUGGCUGAACAGGGCAACAUGCCACAAAGAGGAGUCCCUCCGUAUGCUGGGGGCAACCGUAUGAAUCCCAUGAACCAGAUGAAUCAAAUGAAUCCCAUGCAUCAGAUGAAUUCUAUGCAUCAAAUGAAUUCCGUGCAUCAGAUGAACAACAUGGGUCACAUGAAUCAGAUGAAUUCCAUGCAUCCAAUGAACUCCCCAAUGAACUCAAUGAACCAAAUGGGGUCCAUGAAUCAGAUGGGCCAUCACGGUAUGCAUCAGCAGCACCAGCACCAGCAUCAGCAGAUGGGUCAGUUCCAUGGAGCUGGAGGUGGACCUGCAGGUGCAGGGUACGGGAUGGGAAUGACUAGCCCUCCCCAAGCCAGUCCAGGGAUUAACGGUCCUCCGCACAAUGUCAUGGGUUCUCCCAGAGUCCGAGGAAGCCCCUUCUCUCCUGGAGGUAUGAACUCUCCCAUGAGCUCCACUCAUGCUGGUAACUCAGGAGGUGGAGGGGGAGCUACCACCUUCUCCAGCAACUCAUUGAAUGCCCUUCAAGCCAUUAGUGAGGGAGUGGGCAAUCCAAUGCCUUCCCCGCUCACGUCUCCUCUUCAGAAGCCUGACAGCUCCCCAAGCAUCAACUCUACCAAUCAGGCAGCAGGGGGACCCUGUAAACCUUCCCUCCCGGCCUACUCUGACACCAGGAGCCCAGGCAGCUCAUUGGGGGCUGGUGGAGAGCAGCAGUCUCAGCAACACCCACACACCCCUACCAGCGACGGCCCUCCUGAUAAGCCAGACAGCCAGGCCAGCAGAGAGGCAAGUCUGGGUGGGGGAGAAUCCAACAGACGGGCCCCCGACACCAAGUGCACCAAGAAGCUUUUGCAGCUCCUCACCUCUUCUACCGAUGAGCUGGUGCCAUCUAAUCACACAGCGAGCUCCGGGCCCAGCUCCACUCCCGAGGGUAAAGAUGGAACCGCCGGUGUCACCAGUCCCUCCUCCUCAACAGGCGUGUCCUCGUCUACAAGUGGCAAUCACACAGCCGUUUCCUCCUCUGGUGGCACAGGCAAUGUAAAUAAUCAGUCAUUGCAGGAAAAACACAAGAUCCUCCAUAAGCUCCUGCAGAAUGGGAACACUCCAGAUGAAGUGGCUCGCAUCACAGCUGAGGCCACAGGCAAGAGCAGCUUGGAUUCAGGGGCACCAGAGCCAGGGCCUGCUACCACUGGAAUGGUUAGGGGCUCAGAAUCAAAGCAGGAGCAGCACAGCCCUAAGAAGGAGAAAAACAAUGCCCUCCUUCACUACCUCCUCAAUAAAGAUGACUCUAAAGAAGGGGGGGAUAUAAAGCCAAAGGAUUUGGAUGGGAAAGGUGCUCAGGGGACAGGGGUCACCAGCUCUGACCACCAUAAUAUGGAUGGCAAGGUCAAGCUAGAGCCAGCUGAUGAGACGGAGACCCUGGAGACUAUUCUGGGUGUUCCCAGGAACAACUCUGGCUUCUUUCCUGACUCAGAUCCCAGAGCUGGAAAGGAAACGGGAAACAAACAGGGAAAUAUUCCUGACAGUUUACAUGAGGGAGAGAGAGGCCCCAUGCUUCCAAGUCAGCGUGUUGCCUAUCAGAGAACCUUGUCCUUGGAUGCCAAGCCUAUGGGUGGAGAGGGAGGAGUGGGAGGUGGUCUGGUUUUGAGAAGAAAUAUUCCCUGCCCCUCACUGGUCAAACAAGAGAACAUGGAUGCUCCAAUCCGAGGACUUGUGCCUAAUGGCUAUCCUGCAGGCAUGGGUGUGUGUCCACCAAGAGGCAAUCCUACAAGAGGCAUGGGUAGAGGCAUGGGUAUUCAUCAGCGCCCUCCCAUGGCAGGGCCAGCGGAAUGGGGGAUGCCAAGGUCCAGCGGCAGCCCCGUGGCUGGACCAGGACACCCUGGCAUGGGUCGCUCUGGCCCAGUGGGAGGACCCUUAAUCAACCGCUCCAUCAGUGCACCUGGAAACACCAGGUCGAUGCUGCACCAGCAGCUCAUGGAUAUGGGUACCAAUGAAGUUCAUGUGGGCAUGAGCCCAUUUUCUGGACAUGGGCCCCCGCCUCGGUCACCCUCCUGGCCAGACCCUGCCAUGGUAAUGGAGAGACCACAGAAUAACACAAACAGGGACCAGUUUGCACACCCCCUUGAAGAGCUGCUGGGGCCCCUGACCAAUAGUGAAGGGCCAAGUGAUGAACUUGUAGACCAGUUGGACUCUCUGCUCAAAGCUGCUGAUGUCAGUACUCUGCAGGAGAUUGACCGAGCUUUAGGCAUCCCUGAAAUAGUGGGCCAGGCUCAGGGACCCGAGGGCCUUCCGCACAGCCAGGAUCAAAGCCAGGGCCCAUGCCCUCCACCAUCAGGGCCUUUCCCAGGGCCAGAGUCCACCAUAGGCAUGGACCAAAAACCCAUGUAUGGCCAAGGCUACCCAGGGCCCCCAUCGAUGGGCAUGCAGCCCGGAUAUGGUGGCAACACGAUGCAAGGCCAGUCACCUGGAAGCUUCAACCCUAUGAUGAACCAGAUGGGUCAGGCAGGGGGCUUCCCUGGCAUGGCAGGCAUGGGGGGUAUGGGCAACCCCCGCGCAAAAAUGACAAGACCUUGCAUGAUGACUGCCACUAAGCCUCUGAGACUGCAACUACAGCAGAGACUACAAGGGCAGCAGUUUAUGAACCAGGCACGACAAGGCAUCAAGAUGGAAAAUGCUCCUGGAGGAAACCCUGUCAUACGUACAGGCAUGCAACCCGGCAUGGGCGGCCAGCCUGGUUUCCUGAACGCUGCGAUGAUGGCUCAGCGCAGGGAGCUGAUAAGAAGGCAGCGGAUGAUGAUCAUGCAGCAGCAGCAGCAGGGUCAGGGGGCAGCAGGAACCUUCAGUCCUCCUCCUAAUGUCACAGCACCAACUGGCAUGGAUGGUCCCAUGGGCACCCCCCCCAUGAACCAGCCUGGACAACAGGCUUUCAACUAUGGAGGUAACUAUGGGAUGAACCAGCAGGGGGACCCAGCUUUCAUGGCUCCAGGUUGCAGCCCACCAGGAAAUAUAAUGCCAGGUAGAAUGGGAGGCCCUCCACAGAAUGCAAUGAUGCCAGGAAUGCAGGGAAAUCCACAGGGAGGGCACUCGUACCCAUCCGGAGACUUGAAAGGCUGGCCGCAGGGUGGAAUGCCACGUAACAUGUCCUAUCCCCAGCAGUUCCCCCAGCAGGGCAGCCAGGGCCAGUUUGGACCCAUGAUGAUGAAUAACUCGAUGGGGGGACCUGGGCCGGUCAGCGGGGCUGGCACAGGACAGAUGGCCCAGAUGCCAGGACAGAUGCAGGGCCAAAUAGGCAUGAACUCUAUGGGAAUGGGCAGAAUGCCAAUGGGACCUGAUCAGAAGUAUUGCUGAGAAUCUGUAGCUCAGGACAGAAUCUGGACCUUUCAGCUGUGGCAGAGUCAGCUGGACCAGGAGAGGAAUUGGACACACACAGAAAUAUAUAUAUAUAUAUAUAUAUAUAUAUA